GCAGAGAUGUAAAUUAAAAUGAACGCAUCCAGCAUGCUCACUAAUUAGCUAUUACUAUAAAUAGACUCUCGUUUCUGUGAAAAGUAUCAGUUUAAUCUAAAAUAAAGUAUUUCAUGGUAUGCAUUUCAUUGAAACACUGAAAUAUAAUUUUGGUUUAAUCUACAGCCUGAACCACCUUCCACAAACAAAUGGCAGCUGGAUAAGUGGUUAAAUAAAGUCAAUCCACACAAUAAAACCAUAAUUAACAACCAAAAUGAUGUGCAUUCGGAAAACAAUUCUGAGGCUCCGAACAACCAACAGAUUGAGGGAGACAGUAAGCGAGAACUUGACAAUAUUAUCCCUCAGCCUGAUUCUUUGCCCAAAGAGAGGGAGUUGUUGAGUCCUGUGAGAGAAAAAGGCAAAACUAGAGUAACCCAAAAACCACAGGAAGCAAAAAACGUAAAGCAGAAAUCACCAGCCCACAAUGAACCUACUACACAAAGGGCUGUUGCCAAGAAACAACCAAAAAGGGUUGAAAGAACUUCCAGCGGUGAAGACUACACAUGGAACAAACCAAACCCCACCAGCAGCACUCCCAAAGAGAAGGACUUACGAGAAAUCCAAGAGCCACCAAAAGCAAGGACAAAAACCACUGUUGCUAAAACAGCACCACGAAAGGAACAAAGGACUAGUACUGGAAGUACGUCAGAAAAAAAGAAAGCUAGAGGGGCAAAUAAAAUUGUUCCUAAAUCAAGGGAAUUUAUUGAAACAGAUUCUGCAUCAGAUUCCAACACUGACCAUGAUGAAGUCAUGCAAGUUAAGGUAUCAACGACUGGGCCCAUUAAUCCAGUGAAGCCAAAGGACUGCAGCAGCAGCAACAUCUUAAGUGUGAGCAGCUUAACAAGCAAUAGCAGCAGCAUAUCACUAGACCAGACACAUAAUGAUCUGGAGGAGCCAUUUUCACCACUGCCUAUUGUUCAGAGUGAACUGCUUUCCCCUUUAAGAGAGAUUGAAGAGCUUAAGUCAUUAUGGGUGAAAAUAGAUCUUAGUCUUUUAACCAGAAUACCAGGCCAUGAGAUAUUUGAGAGUGAAGCUUUAAAGAAUGAAGCAAGAGACACAGGCUUUAAACAUAAGCCUCAAACACCAGCUACAGCCCCCGAGAAAAAUGCUACAAAAUCAAGAAGGAAGCACAAGCAAUCUGAAAGCAGUGACAUACAGAGUGACAGCAAGAAACAGCGUUUGGAUGACUCUAUCACCCCCUGUCUACUCCCUCCAUGCAUCUCUCCUAUUCCUAAUAGGACAACUGGCACUAAAGAGACGAAGAAAUCAGCCAAAAAAAGAGAAGAAAAAAUUGCCCCUCCUUUGUUGUCACCUUUGGGGGAUGAGCAAGUUCACAGAUUACAUUCCAAUGACAACAAUUCCUUUAAUCAAGAGGGGGGUAUUGCUGCUGUGCAAGUUCCUGUCACUUCUUCAAGACACAAAAAAAAUGGGAGCACAACAAACACUAAAGUAAGU